AUGGUCAAAGCCGAUCCCACGCGAAACUACUAUGCUGACCUGAAGGUCUCUGCCACAGCCACUGAAAACGAGAUACGCAAGGCUUUUCGAACGCUUGCGCUGCAGUACCACCCGGAUCGCAAUCCUGGGCGCGAGGCCGAAUUCGUUGUUCGGUUUCAGGAAAUCCAGGCUGCACACGAGAUACUAUGUGAUCCCACCCAACGAGCAAAGUAUGACGCAGAGAGGAGGAAAUACCGGAAUGCAUCUGCCUCCGCAAACACGCCCAACACGCCGAGAACAAGACCGCCUCCCGCCCAGCGCAACACAUACACGACGACUACCCCAAAUGGGUCCUACUAUCGUGCUCCUCCUCCAAGACCGCAGGCACAGCGUCCCCCGCCACCCCAACACCAAAACUCGUAUACCACGGGCGCAGACAGGUUUACAAACAAGAACUUCCGCCCGCCUCCAACUGCGCAAAAACCAGACCCAAGGCCCAGAGAUGCAGAAGCCCGGGCGAAUGUCUUUACAGCAUGGCAGAAGAUGAAGCAACCGCGGGGCGAGGACGCUCGACAACAAAGCAACAAUGCCCACAGCAGCGCAUACUCCAAUCCUCCAAAUAACCCCAACGGCACUCCCUUUGGCCGAAGUCAAAGCACAAGAGCGCCUUCUUCCAAGCAGGGAUUUGACCCUUCGGUGCCUGGUGUCGAUGAGGGACAGGCGCGAUCGUCGUAUAGGAACUAUGCUCGCCCAGCACCAACACCGCCCCACUCUACCACACCUCCCAAAGAAAGCCAGGCCGACAACGUCCCGUACUCGGAGGCUAACCGCGUUCGCACCCCGUACUACUCUCACGCUGGGGGAGAGCGAACAUCCGUGUUUGAGGGUCUAGGUAGAUCGGCUAGUGUGCGCAAUUCACCGACCUACACCCACAGGGCCAGCUCGUCACAAGACGCAGGCGCAUACUCAGAUUCGGGUCGCAAGGCACAAGCAAAGGCUGCAAAUGGAACUGCAAAUAAAUCUUUUGCACACGGCUAUCCCGACUCGAGCGACUCAGACUCUGAACCGGAGGUUUUCACAAAGAGCAAUAAGCACCACGAUGCUCCACCCGUGCCGCAACAUUCGAGACCCCCUCCGCCAACUUGGGCUCAGAGUGGCUUCAUGACGCCUGAUCCAAAACGACAGAGUAACGGGACUACGAACCAUAUGCCAAACACCUUUAAGAGUAGGAGUGAGGAGAGCAUCAAUAUGAAAUUCUCGCCUUCGGACUGGCAUGGCAAGUUCGAAGGCAGUAACAGUUACUUUGCUCCUGACAUACCAAAAGGUGCUAGCGGAAAAGGCCGAACCUCUCCCACACGCGGCAGAGCUUCACAACGCAACGCGACAGAUCGAAAUCCAUUUGCUGCUCAGCCCAACCCAUUCACACCUACUCACCCGAUACCUCCUCCACCUCCUGGGCCACCCCCUGGUCUCAACUUCGCUCAGCCUCCAGUAGCUCCUCACGCUGCAAAAUUCAGUCCCCAGGACUGGCAAGAAACAUUUAAAGAUCCGCAUUGGGUGUACAACGAUGCCAAGGAAACCUCACCGCGUCGUCCUUCAGAAGCUACAAAGCGGCCAAAAGCGCCGCGAAAGGCGUCUGUGCAGCAAAACGGAGCCUCCAAGGCACAAGGCCAGUCAGAUGCAUCGCGGCCCAAGUACCAAGCUUUUGCUGAAGAGCCAACAAAUGGUGAUGCGGAUGCAAUGGAUAUUGACUCUGGGCCACCAUCGUCAGACAAAAAGGGCGCAACAACGGGGCCUACAAUGCCAAAGCUGAACACAACUCUGCCAAACACCACACCAAACGGCUCUAGCACUGCACCACCUUCUACUACCACAGCCAAGCCGCCUGCCGAGGGGCUGAAUGGUCUCGGUCCAGAUUUCAUCAAACCGCUCGUCGAGCCCCAGAAGAAUGGACUUGGCGGAAUGGCAUCUGUUGGAGACGCACUACCCUUUUCUUCUGAGGCAUCCAACUCGCAUCCCAUAAAGGCGAAUGCAGCAAAGAGUCUCAAGUACCCUGAAAUACCCCUGGCACCUCCUGUCCCAGCCAAGUUGGAUUUGGCCUCGAUCGAUAACUACUUUGAACGCAUGGGCUCUUAUGUCAAAUCGUACCGAAACUACUGUAAAGUUCUCACUGGGCACUUUGCUGCACGGAGUGUGGAGAUGGAGGAUCUAGACGAUCACUUCAUUCGCAAUCGUGGGGAGACGACCAAGAAGGUUGGCUUUGUGAGCUACUUGGCCAAGAUGGAAGAAGACGAAAGCGUCAUGGAGACAUGGAAGGUGGCACAGGAACGGCACAUUGUUGCGCUGCAACAGUGCGCAGAUGUGCGCACAAAGGCUUUGAAGUUGUACCAGACCCUUCAGGCCUAA